GAUCAGAGUAGAACUCUAUAAAAAAAAUUAAUUGUUUUUAUGUGAAUUUUUGUGUUUAAAAAUUGAAAAUAAAAUUUAAAAAAAAAAUAAUAAAAAAAUUGUAAAAAAUAAUUAUAUAACAAAAAAAUAUUUUUUUAUCAACUUUUAUUUUAUAAAAAAAAAUUAAAAAAUAAAAAAAUUAUUGGAUAGUGACAAAAAUAAUAAAUAAAUAAACGAAUUAAAAAAAAAUUAAAUGAGGUUCUCCUCAUUUUAAUUAAUCCAUCAAAACUUUUACCUAAUUUGACAAGAUAUUUUUUAUAACUUGACUUUGAAAAUUUCAACAAAAUGAAACAACCCAAAGGAAAUACCAACUACGAAGCAUCCUUCCCUGUGCAACUUUUGACUGCUGGAACCAGUGCCUGCUUCGCUGAUCUUCUCACAUUUCCUCUCGACACAGCCAAAGUCCGUUUGCAGGUUCAAGGCGAAGGCGCGGUUCGAGUCCCAAUCACAGCAAAUGCCGCAACUUUCGGUACAGCCGUUCCUCCGCUUUCGCGUACCGUCGUGACAGCCCAUGCCGUCGAUAUGGCGCCCAAAUAUCACGGUCUCAUCGGUACUGUGAGCACAAUUGUGCGUCAAGAGGGAUAUCGUGCCUUAUUUAACGGACUUUCUGCCGGCUUGCAACGUCAAAUGUGCUUCGCGUCGAUCCGUUUGGGCUGUUAUGAUGGCGUCAAGUCGUUCUACGGCAGCAUUUUGCGCGAACGCGAAGACGGCAUGCAAAUUGUGACGCGAAUUUUUGCUGGAUUAACAACGGGAGGCAUGGCUGUGGUGUGCGGACAACCUUUUGACAUUGUAAAAGUUCGCAUGCAGGCGCAAAAUAAGUCAAAUCCGCUGAUAAAACCCAAGUACACGAGCACUUUUAUGGCGUAUCGCAUGAUUGGGCGCGAAGAAGGCAUCGUCAAGGGCUUGUGGAAAGGCGCUGUUCCCAAUAUUGGAAGAAAUGCUGUCGUAAAUGUUGCGGAAAUUGUGUGUUAUGAUGUCGUCAAGGACUUGCUGAUGUACUAUGCGCACAUGAAAGACAACCUUCCGUGUCAUUUUACAGCAGCUACUAUCGCGGGAUUCUUCACAACGGUUUGUGCAUCGCCAAUUGACGUCGUCAAGACACGUUAUAUGAACAGCAAACCGAACCAAUACUCCGGAGCGAUUGAUUGUGCGAUGCGAAUGGCGGCAAAUGAGGGAGCUCAAGCAUUCUAUAAAGGCUUUGUACCAUCCUUCUGUCGCAUCGUUUCGUGGAAUAUUUGCAUGUGGAUCACAUACGAACAAGCAAAGAAGCUCAUUUUUACCAAAGUUGAUCGAGAAUGAACUGAACUCGUCAAAUUUUAACCUGUGUGUCAUGUUAUCAGUGUCCUAAUGUCUUAGAAUUAGUUAUUUGUUAAGAAAAUUUAUCAAAUUUAUUUAUUAAUCGAGUCCCGAAGAGGCCUUCAGAUACGCUUUUAGCCGAGACUUUACUCAAAUGUUGAUAGUUUGCAGGCAAUUAGACUAGAAUUUUUAUAUUAAUUAUACAUUUUUAAUAAAAUAAUG